CCCUCCCGCGACGCUGCUCCAGGCUGCCCUUGAAGCCGGCGGAGACCUGGGCCUCAGGUUCCGUUGGGCGCUGGGGGGCCUUCGGGUGUUACCGUCGAGUCUCAGUUGAAGUCCUGCCCUGGUGGGGCUGUGGGACCUGGUGCAUUUCAGCUCUCGACUUUGGCCAGAUUUCACAUGUGUAAAAUGAAAGUCUCGGCCAGGUAAUCUGUGAGGACCUUGCAUACGUUUCUGGUGUGUGUGAUCUCGGGAGAGACCUGCAACCUUUGGAAUCGACCACAGAAAGCAUAGCUUGAAGUCCAUGGCCAAAAAUGACUCUACCACUAGAGACUCUUUUCCGUAAAGAAGACAACCAGACUGGAGGCUGGGAUGAGCAUGCCACUGCAUCAGAUCUCUGCCAUUCCACCCCAGGAUGCCACCUCUGCUAGAGUCUACAGAAAUAAGACCAAAGAAAAAGAGAGGGAAGAGCAGAAUGAGAAGACUUUGGGACAUUCCAUGAGUCACUCAAGUAACAUCUCUAAGGCUGGGGGUCCUCCAUUGGCUUCGGCUCCAGUGUCUGCCUUCUCUCGCACUUCUGUCACGCCAUCCAAUCAGGACAUCUGCAGUUCCAGUGCAGUGUUUUCUGAGUGUUGUCACCACAGUCCUGUGCAGUCUGCUGUUGUCUUGAAAGCACCUCAGUGCCAGAGUUCCCUGGCUCAAGGGCUCACUGUGACAGUAAUCUGUAAAGACACGUUACAGGCACCAAAGAGAAAUUCCUGUGGUUCAGAAUGGGCCCAGGCCUUGAAACCUGCUAAGUAUACCAAAGCCAGAAGAACACUGAAGUUUUCAAAAUCCCUAAACGAUGUGGGUGAGAAGGCCCUGGAUACUUUGGGAAAUUUCGACUAUGUGGAAAGAACUUGCUCAGAAGGAAAAUUGGUACUCCCUCAAGAUCCAUGUCUUAGAAUUAACAGGUUUCACUAUAAAGAUAAGAGAACACUGAAUUGCAAACCUUUUGGCAGUUCCAAACUCUCUUGUGUUUCAUCCCUUUCUGCCAAUCAUUCAGCUGCCUCAGAGGUGGAAGCUGGCAAGGGGGCCCUGCGUGUCCCGCUUUUGGAAGAGAAAGUGGAUGGCGAGGCCAUAUCCAGAAGCCAGCGACUACUUCGGUACCUGUUCUCGCUCUCACGUGGCUCAAGUGCUGGCAGCCUGCACAGGUUUCAUGAGCUGGAGAGCUGUGCUGCUCACCUGCGCACAGCCGGGUCCUCCAGUGGGCUGGCAGGGAGCACAGGUUUCUGCUCUGAGGAAAUGGGAGAUGAUGACGUCUUUGAGGACAGCAUGUCUGCAAAAUCGAAGAGCAAGGUCCUGCGCGCGCCCCUCUGCUCAGUGGAGAAGGACAGUGACCUGGAUUGUCCUUCUCCUCUCUCUGAAAAAGGUCCCCCCAUCUCUCCUGUGUCUACCUCAGGGGAUGCCUGCAGGAUAUGUCACUGUGAAGGGGAUGACGAGAGCCCUCUGAUCACCCCUUGUCACUGCACCGGGAGCCUCCACUUCGUGCACCAGGCCUGCCUGCAGCAAUGGAUCAAGAGCUCCGACACACGUUGCUGCGAGCUCUGCAAGUAUGAGUUCAUCAUGGAGACCAAGCUAAAGCCUUUGAGAAAAUGGGAGAAGUUGCAGAUGACAGCCAGUGAGCGCAGGAAGAUCAUGUGCUCAGUGACGUUUCAUGUCAUCGCCAUCACCUGUGUGGUCUGGUCCUUGUAUGUGCUCAUUGACCGCACGGCUGAGGAGAUCAAGCAGGGGCAGGUGACAGGAAUCCUAGAGUGGCCAUUUUGGACUAAAUUGGUGGUUGUGGCCAUUGGCUUUACUGGAGGACUUCUUUUCAUGUACGUUCAGUGCAAAGUAUACGUACAGUUAUGGAAGAGACUGAAAGCUUAUAACAGAGUAAUCUAUGUUCAAAACUGUCCAGAAACAAGCAAAAAGAAUAUUUUUGAAAAAUCUGCACUAACAGAGCUCAACUUUGAAAAUAAAGACGGACGUGGAAUCUGUCAUUCGGACACAAACUCUUCUUGUUGCACAGAACCUGAAGACACUGGAGCAGAGAUUGUUCACGUCUGAUUGUGUGGAGGGUGUUGCUUUCCUGGACAUCCAUGAACACCUGAAGGAAAUUGUUUACUGCCAAUUGUGUACCUUUUCUUAUGUCCUUUGAUUGCAUCAACUGGGCAGGUGACUAUUUUUAAUGGCUUCUCUUUUUCUAAACCCUCCUUAGUGAAUCUCUGGGAAAGCCCUCACCGGCUCUAUGCAUGUCUAUGGGAAGGGAAGAUGGACGACCCCGUGGCAUCAUGGUACGGAGCUGGUUGGGUUCUGGCCAAUGGUCUCGAACAGAGUGAGAGAAUAAGAGGCCAGACUAGCGGCUUUGAAGAACGAGAGCAGGGUGGCGCCAGCUCCUCUGUGCGCAGCCGCCUCCCGGUGGCGGCAGGGCCUCCCACAGAGCAGAGUGUUGGGGGGUGUCCAGCCACCCCCCCGACCUUGGGGGAGGUGCACACCCUCUGCUGAUGCUGCCACUGACAUUCUCGCAAGCAGGCAGGAUGCAAUGCUCUGUGUAUGGUGGCGAAGUGAUUCACUAAGCAAACAGCACUUUACAAAAAGAGAAUUAUUUUGUAAUAUGAUUGUCCAGUGGAAUUGACACGUAACAGUGUCUCAUUUAGAAACCUCUUUGUUACCCUAUCUCUCUUACUUUAUAAUAGAUUUAAAAACCCUUUUUGCCUUAUGUGUUCUGAGAACCAUGAUAUCCACUCUGCUGAUAAAAGAGACUUGUGACUACAAAGAAGCCUCAGAAGGUGUGAGGUUUCUUCCAGCAUUUCAUGUGAAUUAAUGGAUGCUAAGUGGCCAUGGGAUCAUAAUUUCUAUAGUAGAGCCCAUAAAGACUCUAGGGACGCGUCUUCAUGUCAUAGACCUGCCCCAAAUGUUUCUUUCUCAUCAGCCCUGAAGAGAAAGAAGGGUUUAUGAGAUCUGUACAAGAGAAAAGAAAGUGAGUAAUGGAAUAUGUGAAAACUAUUCCUUUACAGAGAAACCUCUCUGGUUUGCCUUGGCUUCAUGCUGAAAGAGCAAGCCUUCCCCAACCUGGGGUGCGCACAUGGCCAGUGCUCAUGGGUGCAUGCCACCUUGGCCAGCUUUGGCUUCUGGGAGGUUCUGUGGAUCAUUGCCCAGGGCAGAGAGGCAUGCAGGCUGGCUCUGGGCGAGGGCCAGGAGUGAGCAGCAGUCUGCCAUGGUCCACUGUGUCAUUGUCCUCAUCCACACCCGCACCUAUUACUCGCCUUAACUGGACUGAACAGAGAGGAUCUUUUCGGGGCCCCUUGCCCUGCAGUCAGUCCAUUCCAUCAUCAGGGAUUAUCUCCUGGAUCAUUUUCGUAAAGCAAACAGAACCAAAAUCACUACAAUCAAAUGGCCUUUGUCCCUGCAAAAAGUCUGCUUAGAAUUCUGUUUUUAAAAACCACUUUCAUCACACCUGGCAGAGAGGCAGCGCCGGGGAAGAGGCCAGCGGGGCGGCUGCAAGCAACGUGAGUAUUCUAGAUGCUUACUCUCCAGGUGACCCCACAUCCGCAAAGCCUUCUCGGGGGUGGGUGCAGGUGCCGGGGCGUCCUGCCCUCAGUUCUCCGAGUCUUAGAUGCCUCAGCCAUCCUGUUUAAGAGGGUGAAGUGAAUACGAGAUAAUUUCUUUGCCUUUUAGAGCGGAAGCCUGUAAAUUUGUUUUCAGAGUCAGGAGAAGACUUGGAGUCUCGAAAGCUCUGGGAGAGGGCCCCGAAUCAGCAGGCUCUGCCCUGCCAUCUCCUCGGAAUCUGAGGAUAGGGAUGUGGGGCCAAGUCUGGAGAGCUGGGCUGCCCUUCCCUUCCUCUGGAUAGACAGGUGCUGACCAGACAUGAGCUAACUCCUGAAGAUAGGCCAGCCUGCCCUGAGCUGUCUGCCAGACCUCCUCCAGCCCAUGGCUGUGUUCACUGUGCCCCAAAGUGCAAUUACCACACCCCUUCUCCACCUGGGGACACCAUGCAGCUAUCGCUUGUCUACUCAGGGGAGCUAAAUCUUGGGUCAGCCCUGCUCCUGCCCCUUAGGAAGUGCCCGGGCAAGAUCCCAUGUCCCUGCUGCCCUUUGACAGUGACUGAGUGGUCAAGGUAAGACUAGGCUAGGUUUUUAAGGGGUCUCCUUCCCUGCCCCCUUCCACGGAACCCUUUAUUCUGAACUUGAAAAACACACACUUCCUGUGGAGAGGAAAGUGUGCUCAGGUGGGCAUAGCUCACCAGUUGUGACUGGCAUCCCCUGUUGGAGGUGCCUUUAUAGUAGCCACGAUUGUUGGGCUGCUCCUCACACCCAGCACCCAGCUGGGUUUAGGUGCAUGUUGCCUUCUCAUUUCCUUUCUGAAGGCCUAGCCCUAGCGCUGUCUCACCACUUCUGGCCAAGCUCCUAAAGGCUCUUCUUCGCCUGUGGACAGGUCAUCCUUUGUCCAUUCCUUUUGGAGUGGCACUCAGCCCCCACCGAUCUUUCUCUCACAAACUCCAGUUGAGUACCUGUGACCCCAUCUUGGCCCCAGCCCCAGUCUCUACUCCCACUAUAGUGCUGCCUGAGCCCUAGGGAGGUGCUGUGCUGCCACCUAGUGGGCUGGCGGAGCUGCCACUUCUUGCCUUGCUUAGCUUGUGUCACCUUGCCCGCCGGUUCUUGGAGAGUCAUUCCCAGUUUCCUCUCAGUUUGUACCUGCUUUAGUGGGAGGAGGGUACUUGGCUGAACCAUACAGAAAUAUGGGCUCAACUUGCAGGUCUCGCAACUAACGGGUUGUUACUUGUGGGCCAGCCAUGGGAAGGAGGGCUGUAUCCUCAGAGGUGCCAGCCAGCCAUCCCCAAAAAGGUACAGUACAACUCAAGGGCUUCUGACUUCAGCUGCCAGCUGUAAUUGAGUUUUUGUGCCCAAGUUUGAGAACUUUCUUGGAAGCUUUGUAAAGGGCCUCUUCUUAUACCAGGCCUCUAACGUGGCUUCCUUUUGUGCUUCAGUCCACUAUUUUCAACCUUCCUGGUCUAGUUUCCAAAUCUGCAGAGGCACCCUACCUGGUGACAGACCUCCGGGUCCCUGGCAACGGGGGGUCAGUUCAAGAGCAGUGGGUGAUGUCUACAUGGGGUGGCACCCACGUGGUGGUAGGCUGGAUGCAGAACUGGAGGGAAACUGGGAACAGAAGGCAAAGCAAGGUCCACUGUGGCAUGGAUUUGGCCUCUAGAAAUACUUUCCCUUCUGGAUCUGAUCUGCAACAUGCACCUUCCAUCUCUAGCCCUCCACUGACCAAGACACAGGGAAAUAAAAGGAUUUGUCUUUGUUUUGGAUGUUAUUAAGUUGUGCAGCUCAUCAUCUAUUUAGAUGCAAUGUUUAUAGAAAGUUGAUUGUUAAUAAAAAAACAAAUUUACACUGGCAUGUGUGUGUGGUUUCUAAAAGGCACUUCACACUCGAAGUUUUUCUUAGAAAGUUUCUAGUUCUCUAAAUGUCUAGUUUUCUAUCCUUUUGUGUAUGUUCACUUUCUCAGUAUUACCACUUGAAUAAUUCUCUGUACAGAGGGGUUGUUUGUGCUAUUCAAGGGGAUGUCUAAUUGCAGCAA